AUGUUCGCCGUUCCAGGAUGGUCGCUUUCGAGCGGCCCCAAGCGCGAGACUGAGGCCGCAAAACCGAACGAUUCGAAGUCCAAAGAAUCCUCAACCCCCAACGAAAAGAACAGCGGAAACAAGCGCAAGCGUGGCAAUGAUAAUGUCACCGGAAGCAAUGUCAAUGAUAUGUACCGCAAGCUCAUCGAGGGCCAUGUCCCGAAACCUGCCAAGCGCGAGAGAAAGAAGAAGGAGAAGAAAGAGAAGCCCGCUACCGAGGAGACCGAAGCUGUAACAAACGACACUGAAGAGAACACCUCUGCACCUGCAGCCCAGGAGGAUGAAACUGCGCCCCAGAAGAAGCAGAAGAAGAACAAGAAGAACAAGGACCAGAAAGAUGGCUCUGCUGCUGCGCCUGCCGCUGGAACAAGUGCCGCAGCCGACGCUGUGAUUGCACCUCCACCAACCACAGCGACUCUGACGCCGCUCCAGCAAGCAAUGCGCCAGAAACUGAUCUCCUCUCGCUUCCGCCACUUGAACGAAACCCUGUACACAACAGACUCCUCCAAAGCCGUUGAACUAUUCAAUGCCAACCCAGAGCUUUUCAGCGAAUACCACGCUGGUUUCUCCCGCCAGGUGAAAGAGUCCUGGCCCUCCAACCCAGUGGAUGGGUAUAUCCAGUUUGUCCGCCGUCGUGGCGCCGUGCCCGUUCCCAAGAGAGGCAAGCCCGACCCCAACAAGCCGCAGCCUCUGCCCCGCAGACCUAACGGAUCAUGCACUAUUGCCGAUCUGGGCUGUGGUGAUGCCGGACUUGCGCGCGCUUUGACUCCUUCUGCGAAGAAGUUGAACAUCAAGCUGAAGAGCUACGAUCUCCAGUCACCGGAUCCUCUCAUCACCAAGGCUGAUAUCUCCAAUCUGCCUCUUGAAGAUGGAUCUGUUGAUGUGACAGUAUUCUGUCUGAGUCUGAUGGGAACCAACUGGGUUUCCUUCGUGGAGGAAGCUUGGCGUGUUCUGCGCGGCGAUGGCAAGGGCGAGUGCUGGGUCAGCGAGGUGAAGAGCCGAUUCGGCAAAGUGACGCGCAAGAAGGCGCAGAUUGGAGCCCAGAAGCCCCUUAGCAAGACCCAGCAGAAGAAGCUACCGAAGAAGAAGUCUGGAGAUAAUGAGGACGAUGAGGACGAUGCUGAUAUCUUUGCUGAGGAUGCUCGUCCUGCGGAUAACAGCGAUGAUACGGAUAUUUCCGCCUUCAUUGAGGUCUUCCGGUCCCGUGGAUUUAUCCUCAAGCAGGAGUCAGUUGAGAAGUCAAACAAGAUGUUUGUGAAGAUGGAGUUCAUUAAGGCUAAUGGUGCCCCGGCGAAGGGUAAGCAUGCUGGUGUUGGUGCUCCUGCUCCUGCUCCUGGCAAGAAGCGCUUUGUCGACCGCAAGCCGGAGGGUGGCAAUACCAUGACACCGGAGCAGGAAGCUCAGGUGCUCAAGCCUUGUGUGUAUAAGAUUCGGUAG